GUGGGAUAUUCUUUGUAAGAAGAUUUGACAAAUUAAGCAACUGUUGUUGUUUGGUUUCUCAAAUAUUCUUCAUCAUCAUCGUUUCUUAAAAUUAAAAUAUUACAGUUGUUGUCAUCAAUUAUUAUUAUUAUUUGUUUAUUUAUUUAUUUUGGGUAUAGAAUUAUUUUAAUAAUAAAUUAAUAAUAUUUUCUUUUGGGUUGGUGUCAAUGUUCCGAUGAUAAGGAAGAAGGGAGAGAGCUGGUUUACGUUUAUGAUUAUAUUUCUUGGGAUUGUUUUUUUUUAUUUGUCUCCUUGUUUUCAAGCUUCUUCCUUUUUUCCAGCAAUCAUUUUGAUUUGUCGGGGAAACUGGUGAUGCUUUAAUGGCUACUUAUUAUCCAAGUUUUACCAAUCGGAGAGAUGAUUUAUCGAUCCAGGACGAAAAACCAGUACCUUACCGAGCUUCUUCAAUGGGGGAAUUCACAGAGAUCUUGUCUGGUACUUCAUUGAUUCCGCCUUGUAGUGACUCGUUACAAUCGGUGAACGGGCGGUUAAACAUUACAAUGAGCGCGGUGAAUUGUCAAUCUCAGGGACUAUCUCUUAGUCUUGGAUCGGAGAUACCACCAGAUGUUUCUUUGCCUUCGUUGCCGUGUCAAUACCAGGCUUAUUCUGAUAUAUAUCAGUUUCAACCGGGUUUUACGAGUACUAUUUCGAACUCGAAAUAUCUCAAGGUGGUUCAAGAGUUGCUUAACGAAGUGAUUAAUGUACAGCAAGCUUUGAGACAAUCCGAUUUCGAUAAAAACGUGAGCUCUCAACUGAAAUCAUCUGAGUCUAACGAGUCGGUAAAUAACCUUUCCAAGAUAUCACCUACGGAACGACAAGAAUUGCAGAACAAGAAGACAAAGCUCUUGUCCAUGCUCGAUGAGGUUGAUAGACGAUACAGGCAAUAUUACCAUCAGAUGAAAAUCUUGGUGUCGUCUUUCGACUCGGUAGCUGGUUGUGGGGCGGCUAAACCAUACACUUCACUUGCCCUGCAAACAAUUUCCCGACAUUUCCGUUGUUUACGUGAUGCAAUCAGCAACCAAAUUCAAUUGACACAAAGAAGUCUUGGAGAGCACGAUAAUUCAUCGAACAAUCAAGGAUCGGUAAUACCGCGACUACGUUAUGUCGAUCAUCAGCUUAGACAACAACGAGCUCUUCAACAAUUCGGUGUGAUGCGAAACGCUUGGAGGCCUCAACGAGGACUUCCUGAAAGCUCUGUUUCUGUCCUGCGCGCUUGGCUUUUCGAGCAUUUUCUCCAUCCGUAUCCAAAGGAUUCAGAGAAAAUAAUGCUUGCAAAACAGACAGGUCUGACCCGAAACCAGGUUGCAAACUGGUUCAUUAAUGCUCGGGUGCGUCUUUGGAAACCAAUGAUCGAAGAGAUGUACAAAGAAGAGUUUGGUGAAAUGGACUCAAACUUCAAAUCUUCUUUGGAAAAUGCAGCCAAAGCAACUGGUGAGAAUUCUUCGGCAUCCGAGGAUAGAGGCGAAGAGUUGCACGAGAAUAUUACAUCCAAAGUUGCUUGUGCUGAUAAUAUCCAACCAGGACAAGUUCUAUACCCGAAACCAGAUCAUAUCCCCGAUGUAGAACCGAACAGGCCAACCGCAAGAUCAAUGUACCAAAACAUUGCUAACCCUUAUCCCAACACCGUAAUCCCAUCCAACCAACAUGGUCACGGUACCCUUAUGACCGGUGAUACCGUGUAUGACUUAACGGAAUUGAACGGUUUUGCGGUUGGCAAUCAAGUUUCACUUGCACUCGGUUUACGGAAUCAUGAAAACAAAGUAUUUACCAUGUCCGGAUCAACUAACCACAAGGUGGAUUCAUCGGUAGGACCGGAGACGGUGGAUUUCCGUUUCAUGGAACCAGGAAAUCAACAAGACAGGUUUGGAAAUCCUCAUAUAUUGCAUGAUUUUGUAGUCUGAUGAACUUCUGCCUCGAGCGAGCUUUCCGGGUGGGGGACACACGAUACGAUGACAAACCGAAGCAUUGUCAUGUGUUUCAUUUUCGAUCGAAGCAUUGUCAUGAUAGAAUAUAGAUAUGGGUAUAUGAUAUACUCAUCUGUAACAUACAAAUAUAUUGUUGUAGCAGGUAUAUAUAUACAUAUAUUGUAAAGAUAUGGUAAGAAAAAAAAUUGAUACAUAUAGCUUCUGUAUGAAUAAAGAUUCUUUGUAUAA